GUUCUCCUUGACAUCUCCGGCCAUAUUUAUUUCUCGUCAACUACGUUCAGUCUAAUUUACUUUGACAAUGUUUGUUUCAUAGAUCUCUUCCAAUAUUCCUGGCCUUCAAGCAAGCUGAGGAAUCAUGGCCGUGGAGAAAUAUGCUCGGCGCUCUGGUGUGGCGUUGAUGCGCUCAAGCUGGAGGCCUCAUCUGCAACCACCAUUCUACUCCAUUACAGCAGCUUCUUACCACAAAUCAGCUCCGCAGCGAGAAUCAGCUGCGCCCAUCCUCGGAUCCCCAACUCCGGAACGCAUCCCAACCCACCCAGUCGACGCUCCAGAAUCUCCGCAAAAGUUCAAGCCGUCACGCUUUAAACGCAUUCAAGAGGCGGCGCCUUUCUCCUCCUUUCUUACCGACACCUUCUAUCGCCAACAUGACUACCUCCGAAUCUCUAUUACCGAAAAAUGCAACCUCCGGUGCCUCUACUGUAUGCCUGAAGAGGGUGUCCCACAGUCGCCACCAUCACACCUGCUCACCACCCCCGAGAUUGUUUUGCUAUCCGAGCUCUUCGUAUCUCAAGGCGUCACAAAGAUACGACUCACAGGCGGCGAACCGACAGUUCGAAAAGACAUCGUGCCAAUGAUGCAGCAAAUUGGACAACUACGAGGAGCAAGGGCUGGGAGAGAGGGAUUGAAAGACCUCUGCUUGACAACAAAUGGGAUUAGCUUGUGGAGGAAGCUAGAUCCAAUGGUAGAAGCAGGGCUGACUGGUAUCAACCUAUCCCUUGACACUCUGGAUCCCUACCAGUUUCAGAUCAUGACGCGUCGGAAAGGCUUCGAUGCAGUCCAGCGCUCUAUCGACCGGAUACUUGAAAUGAACGCCCUGGGUGCAGGUAUAAAGCUCAAGAUCAACUGUGUUGUCAUGCGUGGCCUCAACGACCGGGAGAUACUUGAUUUUGUUGAACUCGGGCGAGAGAAGGACAUCGAGGUGCGUUUCAUCGAAUACAUGCCCUUCGACGGCAAUAAAUGGUCGGAGGGGAAGAUGCUGCCAUUCCAAGAGAUGCUGGACCGCAUAAAAGAGAAAUAUCCCGGCGUGGAGAAGGUGCAGGAUCACAAGAACGAUACCAGUAAGACAUACAGAGUUUCUGGGUUUGUGGGCAAGUUCGGAUUUAUUACGAGCAUGACACAUAACUUCUGCGGCACUUGCAAUCGGCUGCGCAUCACAAGCGACGGGAAUCUAAAAGUCUGCCUGUUUGGCAACGAUGAAGUGUCUUUACGUGACAUUCUCAGGGAGAACAAUUCAGGGAACCCGAUAGACGAGGAAGCCUUCGAGGCAAUGAAGAAGAUUGAAAUGGAUCGAAGAGAAGGCCGAGUGGACGGUGCACUCGGCAUGCUGAAUAAUGAAAGUAAACUGCUGGACGUCAUUGGAAUAGCGGUUAAGGGAAAGAAAGAGAAGCAUGCCGGAAUGGGAGAGCUCAAGGACAUGAAGAAUCGGCCGAUGAUAUUGAUAGAUUCACCAGAAGUUGCAAAGUUGAAUUCACCCCAUGCCAAUAACCAUCUGAAUAUAUGCGACAUGCAGCCUACAGCUGUUUCUACUUCGACGAGGCGACAUGUGCCUCUACAUCUUCUCAGUAGCUUCCCUCGAACGUUUCUACGGCAUUACCACGCCGGGAAUAGGUUCCCAAAACUAUCUCCUGUACUGUCGCCGCUUCGCGCCACAGGAAAAUAUAGUCAACUGGGAGACCCUGUUAUAAUGCGCAUGAUCUCUUCCACGAAUUGCUUACCAGCAAAAUCUUCACCCAAGUCCCCCAUCCCGCCAGCCUCAGCCCCAAGACUCACACACCUAACUCCUUCCGGCAGCGCCCACAUGGUGGACAUUUCCGCAAAAGACCCCACCUCCCGCUCAGCAACAGCCGUCUGCUCGCUGUACUUUAGCAAUGCAACGGCGGCGCAGCUGAUAGCGGCGAACCAGAUGAAGAAGGGCGAUGUGUUGAGCGUCGCUCGGAUUGCGGGGAUUAUGGGUGCGAAGCGUACUUCUGAUCUGGUUCCGCUGUGUCAUCCACUGUUUAUCACACGUGUGCAGUUAGACCUGGAGCUUGUGCCUGGGGAAGUUUCUGCUGGUGAUGGCGUCGGCCAGGAAAACUAUGGACGUAUCGAUAUCAAGGCAGUUGUAGACUGCGAAGGGAAGACGGGGGUGGAAAUGGAAGCACUUACCGCAGCGUCGGUCGCCUCAUUGACAGUGUACGAUAUGUGUAAGGCUGUUGAUAAAGGGAUGAGGGUUGAAGGAUUGAGGGUAGUGAGAAAAGAAGGCGGCAAGAGUGGGACAUGGGUGGAAGGGAAAGGUGUUUAAUGCCAUCAUGUUCACAGAGAAAAAGGUUGCAUGUCCGUUAUUAUGAAUAUGCAAUGCAUUAUAUGGAGCUGACAGGUAACAUUGCUCUCUAUGGUUCUGUUUUGCCUUGAAACUUCCAGCUCGGAAUCAAUAAAGCCCCACUUGUACAGUUCGAACGAUUGCAAAGCAAUGUGGAUGUGGCAGCCGAAAAGCCUACAUCUUCAUAUCCCAUUCACAUUACUUCACAUCCUCGUCCUCGUCCUCAUCGUCUUCCGAGUUCUCCUCUUCGUCGUCGCUCACCUCCAGCACAAACGGUGCAGGACGCGGCUCCAGGAAAUAGAAACCGGAACGAUGGUAACUGCCACGGGCAUUUCGAUCGUUCCGGUUUUUAGCCACGGAUGAAGCAUUGGCAUCGGCCAUCUCCGUUUCCAUACAGUUAAGACUUCCAUCCAUGUCAGGGGCCUCCCAGGGCAUGAAUUGCGUUUGGGAAUCCACAGCAGUGUCGCCCAGCCCUGUACCAGGUCCACCAUCGAUAGGGGAGGUUCGCCACUUCACGCCUUUUUCUUGGAUGUCCACUUUGAUCCUCGCCACCGGUGGCUCCAAAAAAUGCCCCUGGAAACGCGACGCCUUGCUUUUGUUCUUCUUCUUUCCCUUUCCGCUCGUCGGGGCCCACUUCACGCUAUUAUCGCCCGCAGGUGCUCCUCCCCACAGCACCGGCUCAGCAUUCUCAUCUGCAUUGUCCUGUUUUGGUUUUGGGAUGUCCCAGCCUCCCCAGUCGAUUGGUUUGGGUCCAGGCUUUGGCUGUGGCUCUCUGUGGGCGGCCUGGAGAGCCGUAUAUUGCGGUCCGGGAGGUGGGACGUAGUUUUGGACGUAGAGGCCCAGGCGUUCGCGUCGAAAACUGAUACUGGAGUCCGAGCUGAGAUAGGUGGAGUUGGUGGGCACUGGGCCUGAAGGAUUUGAUGUCGAAGGCCGAUCUCUAUUUGAGAAUAUAUUUGUGAAGUUUGGGUCGGCACUGUGGGCGUCAGGCACCAGCGGCGGUUGACGGAACAAUGAUGAUUUGAUGCGGUAUUCUGUCUGAAUUAGAGAGUCCACCUCAUUUAGUAAAUUACUUACUGCCUGAUUUUGACCUCACUGGUUUGGAUCUAGAGCUAUGCUGGUCGUUGGGUGCCAUGGCGAUGAAGUUUUGGAGUCAACUAGACUGACGCUGAGAUGAAGUUUUGCUGCUCUGCAGUGUAAGAGAAAUGUUUGUUGACCUUGCUGUGUCGAAAGUGGACCUCAUUGUUCUGCUUCUUAACAUUACGCACCAAACCGGUCACUUAUCGUUGAAAUGAGUAUAUUUGCUGUAGUUUCGUGUUCUGAAAUAUACCACAGUAUCUAAUUAGGUGAGCCGUGGGGUAAAUAAUAACAACAAAUAUAUUGUAAAGGCCUG